CCCUCUAUAUAUAUAUUUACACAUUUUUAUUUACAUAUAUGGACUUCCAAAAGUUCUACGAAACAUGGUAUGAGCAACUCCAUGACCAAAUCCGGCAGCUCACAAAAGCCCCUCGUCCACCCACCACCGACGACGGCGACAAACAACUCAUCCAACUCGUCAACAAAGUCAUGCUCCAUUUCUCUGAAUUCUACAGGGUGAAGUCCCUUGCCGUAAAUCAAGACGUGUUGUCUAUAUUUUCGGCAAAGUGGUCCACCACCAUGGAACGAUCCCUUCUUUGGAUCGCGGGGUGGCGGCCCACCACCGCUUUUCACCUUAUUUAUACAGAGUCAAGUAUCCUUUUCGAGUCAAGGCUCGUUGACAUCUUACAAGGGUUGCGUACCGGCGACCUGGGUGACCUGUCGCCGGCACAGUUCACCCGUGUGAGUGACUUCCAGUGUGAAACUGUUCAACAAGAAAACUCCAUCACCGGUCAACUUUCGGAAUGGCAGCAGGAUGAGGCGAUAGAGCUAAUAGGCGGGACAUGUAUGGAUCUAGAGAAGAAGACAGAAAGGCUGGCAAUGAUUGUCAAGAAAGCGGACGAGCUACGACUUCAGACGUUGAUGGCGGUGGUGGAGUUACUCACACCGCAACAGGCGGUCGAGUUUUUAAUCGCGGCAGCUCGGUUGCAUUUUGGGAUACACCGCUGGGGGUUAAAUCAUGACCGUGAACGCACCAAAAAAUGACCGACUUAUAUAUGGAGCGAUGCUUUUAAUUUUUGGUUUAUUAAUUACUAUAAGGGCUUUUCCUUAAUUAAUUUGUAUCGCUAGUUUAAUCCAUUUUCGUGUUUGGUUUUUUUGUUUACUAAUCUGGCCUAAUUCUAAGUCAACCGAAAGCUAGCUAGUUGUUUUAUCAACUUGAAGGUGGUUUUAGAGCUGAAUACCUAUCACUUUUGGAAUUUUUUUUCUUUGUAAGAGUAUUCUACAAAAUGUGGCAACGACGACGACAAAGGUACGUGCACGGUGGCAAACUACUUGGAUGAUAUGCUAUU